UUACACUUGGGUUCCUCGCACCUCCGGAAUGUUCCAUUGAGGAUUCGCGCCACUGACAAUGUUGAAACCGAUGCUUUAUAGGAUCGAUGUAAACGAUAGGUAUCAAUACUUUACAUCGGGACGUGUUAAGAGACAAAAAAAUCGAAUAAUUAAUGUAACUUUUCUCGAGAGGUAUCUUUUGUCUGUGUUUUUGUGAAUCUGCGUGUCGUCAUAAAGUCGUAAAUAUUACACAUUUCACAUUUAAAUUAUGUAGUUGUAAAGUUGGAAAAACGAUUUACUUGUUGCGUCCAUAUUGCACACUCUCCAAAUACAAUUAUGUCCGCUUCACCAUCGAGACUUCCACAUGCCAUGCUCAAACAAUAUCUGGAUGGAGCAAGAAAAACCACAUUAUCUCCAAUUCUGAAAGCUACUGCUUUUAUUGCGAUGGCUCUACUUGAAAAAAUAUUCGUGGAUGAAAUAUUUCGAUGUCCUUGCAGAACCGACACGCAGACAUGCUUAGAUUGGAACUUCUUCUAUAGCUUGCUGUUCUUUCUCAUCCCUGCAUUCUCGUUGUAUCUUCUAAGCCUGGCUCAAGACAACGGCGUCUGGAAUCUGUUCAUGGGAAUAUGCAGAAGGAAAAGCAAAAAGAAAAAUUGCUUUUCGGUGUUCUGGUGUUGUUGCUGUUGUGCACUAGAUGGCGUCCAUGAUGCUAGAGGAAAGAAAUGGUUUCAAGCUAAUGCUCAAUUAGAUCUUGUAUCGUUUGAAGAAGUUAGACCAUGA